CAAACGCCAUAAACACAAGAGAAGUAGGAGAAGAAAUCAUGGCGGCAGAUGAGGAGCUGGAGGAUUAUUUUGUUAGAGAGAUAGAGAAAAACAAUGGAUCUGUUUUAAGAAUGUAUCAGUGCAGUAAAGGAGAUGUGGGCUGUGUAGUAUGGGACGCUGCUAUUGUUUUAUCAAAAUAUUUGGAAACGCAACAGUUUUACAAUGUUGAGUCUGAUGCUAGUACAUGGUCAGCCAAAACCAUUAUUGAACUGGGCGCAGGAACAGGACUCGUGGGUCUCGUGGCUGCCACUCUAGGGGCUAAUGUCACAGUAACAGACCUGGAAGACCUGCAACAUCUUCUACGACUGAACAUUAGGAAGAAUCAAGGACUCAUCCGUACAGGCUCAAUUACUGCCAAGGUACUAAAAUGGGGAAAAAAUGUGGAAGACUUCCUACCUCAUCCUCAUUACAUUCUGAUGGCUGACUGUAUCUACUAUGAGCAGUCUGUAGAGCCUCUAGCGGAGACUCUGAAACUCCUCGCUGGGCCUGAGACACACAUCAUCUGCUGCUAUGAGCAACGCACUGUUGGUGUCAAUCCUGAGAUAGAAAAGAGAUUCUUUGAGUUACUUCUGCAAGACUUCCAGUCAGAAGAGGUCCCACUAGAAAAACAAGACUCAGAGUUUAGCAGUCCUGACAUUCAUCUCCUUCAUCUGCGACGCAAAGCAAUCUAAAAGCCUUCAGAGUUGUUUUAUAUUUGAUAGAGAAAAUAUAUCAAAGGGUUGAUUGUUAUGUGGGUCAGGUUUUAGUCAGCCUGUUUUUCUUAUCAUUGGUAUUUCUUACCAUUUUUUUUUUUAAAUUUUUCUCGCCUUUCAUAACUGGAACCUGCCUAACCCUGUUUUCACGUGAUUGUUAUGUGGUGGAGGGAGGUUACUCAAGCCUUGUCAGAAAAACAAAUGUACUGUAAGUGAUUUAAGGGGAUAUGUCUAUACAUGCACACGCAGGUUUAUAACGACUACAUUUAAACAAUUUUGCGGUAUAUGUUGCUUAAAGUUGAUUUAAAACUGUUCUGUCAAUGCUAUUUAAUAAAAUGCCUUGCAAACUGA